CGCGCCGCCUCCUUCUCUAGCUGGGGUGGUGGUUGCCCCCCUCGGGUCGGCGGCGCUUGGUGCCGCCCGGGAGAACCAGGUCAUCGGUCGGUUCCCUUGAAAACAAAAACAAUCGGCGGCGCCGCGGCGGGCAGUCGAACGCGGCGAGCGGGGAAGCCGGGGCGCGGGGCCGAGUCUGACCAACUAGCGAGAGCAGCGGCCACGCGCCGGGGCCGGGGCGCCAUGGGGCAGGCGGGCGCGGGCUUCGCUAGGCUCCCCUGGCGUCGGGGCUAGCGCUUCCGCCGCCUCGGCCUCUCGCGCCGCCCGCCUGGGGGACGAGGAGCAGGACGCGGCCUCGGCCGGGCCCGGGCCGAACGGCUGCGGACACUCGGGAGCCGAGGAGCAGAACACCGCCACCGCCGCCUCCGGGAUGGAUCAGUGCGUGACGGUGGAGCGCGAGCUGGAGAAGGUGCUGCACAAGUUCUCGGGCUAUGGGCAACUGUGCGAGCGCGGCCUGGAGGAGCUCAUCGACUACACGGGUGGCCUCAAGCACGAGAUCCUGCAGAGCCACGGUCAAGAUGCUGAAUUAUCAGGGACACUUUCACUUGUCUUGACACAGUGCUGUAAGAGAAUAAAGGAUACUGUUCAGAAGUUGGCCUCUGACCACAAAGACAUCCACAGCAGCGUUUCUCGGGUUGGAAAAGCCAUUGAUAAGAAUUUUGAUUCCGACAUCAGCAGUGUGGGGAUAGACGGCUGCUGGCAGGCAGACAGCCAGAGGCUUCUCAAUGAGGUGAUGGUGGAGCACUUCUUCAGACAAGGAAUGCUAGAUGUUGCUGAGGAGCUCUGCCAGGAAUCUGGUCUUUCUGUAGACCCAAGCCAGAAAGAACCAUUUGUGGAGUUAAAUCGAAUAUUAGAAGCGUUAAAAGUCCGAGUUCUGAGACCUGCUCUGGAAUGGGCAGUAUCAAACCGAGAAAUGCUCAUAGCCCAAAACAGCUCCUUGGAAUUUAAGCUACACAGACUCUAUUUUAUUAGCUUGUUAAUGGGUGGAACUACAAAUCAGCGAGAGGCGUUGCAGUAUGCUAAAAAUUUUCAGCCAUUUGCCCUAAAUCAUCAAAAAGACAUUCAGGUCUUGAUGGGGAGCCUCGUGUACCUGAGACAAGGGAUUGAGAACUCACCGUAUGUUCACCUGCUUGACGCAAACCAGUGGGCUGACAUCUGUGAUAUCUUCACCCGGGAUGCCUGUGCCCUCCUGGGGCUCUCCGUGGAGUCUCCGCUCAGUGUCAGUUUCUCAGCAGGUUGUGUGGCGCUGCCGGCUUUAAUUAACAUCAAAGCUGUGAUCGAACAGAGGCAGUGCACUGGCGUUUGGAACCAGAAAGAUGAAUUACCUAUUGAAGUGGACCUUGGUAAAAAGUGCUGGUAUCACUCGAUAUUUGCCUGCCCUAUUCUUCGUCAGCAAACAACAGAUAACAAUCCACCCAUGAAAUUGGUCUGUGGUCAUAUUAUAUCAAGAGAUGCCCUGAAUAAAAUGUUUAAUGGUAGCAAAUUAAAGUGUCCAUAUUGUCCAAUGGAACAAAGUCCAGGAGAUGCCAAACAGAUAUUUUUCUGAAGAAAUAACUUUAGUUUGCAAUUUGUAAGUGAAACGGAAUCGAGGGUGCAUUUCAGAAGAGAACGUUCCAUUUAAUGCAGCUAACCAAGGACUCCCAUGUUUCUAUAAGCUAAUGCUCCAGAAACUUUGCCAACAUCUUAGUGUGUAUGCACGGUGGGGAGUGCUCCAGUUGGAUAUUAUCAUAGGGCUUUAUUAUAUUCUUGGUCUUCAUUUCUGAUCAAGUAAAUACACCAGCAGUUGUCAUUCAAUGCAGGUUUUUGUACUUAAUUAUAUGGUGAUUUUUUUACUUUCUAAGAGCAGAAACAGAAAUCUACCUUCCUGCCAUGUGUUUAGUAGUGCUCCUGCUUUUACUUUUGCCAUUCUCCCGAUAACUGUAAGCCUUGAGAAUGUUUGUGAAGAAGUUUUAUUUCCUGUUAUGUAACAUAAUUAAGUGAAAAUCCUUCAGAAAAAAAGUUUGAUAAACUGAAUUGUGGUUAUGAAACUCAUCUGCAGGGUUUUGUUUUUGUUUUGCUUAAGGAAGAAAGCUGUGAUAAAUUGCAAAUUUGCUUUCUGAUAUUUUCCUCUGCUCCAGCUCUCACUGAGAAGUCAGCAGACCUGCGCCUGAGCUGUGCUGGUAGCCCCAGCAGGCUGCCUGUUGCAAAAUUCCUUAAUGAAUUUACUAGCAGGUCGGCGUGACCAGUCUUCCACUAGAAUAGAGUGGAAGCAGUACUUUUGUUUCUUUGCUUUUAUUGCCAAGAGAUGCUUGUUUUAAGAGUGUGUUCAAUAAAACAAAAUUCUGAUGUUAGAAGUGUUAAGUUGACAUUUGCUCUCUUGGUCUUGGUAGCCCUCUUCUCUGAAAUCUGCCUUCAGGACUUGGCUGUGUAUAUUGCAUUUGUAUAUCAUUGCAGACACAGUGUUGUGCAUGUGUGUGUACAUAUAUAUAUAUACAUGUGCACCAGCAUCAAACAUUGUGUAUCUGGAAGGGAAGAAGCAUGUUCCAGUCCUCAGAUGCAGUUACCAGACUCAUCACUUUCAGUCCUUCAAGUUAGAAGUUAGCAAAUUUUCUGUAGCACAGAAUGUUUAUUGCUGUUUUUUUGUAUUUGAAUAGCAUCCUGUUCAAUGCCUCUCUUCUGCAAAACGUAUCAUCUCAUUGACUGUGAAUCUGUAUAUUAUUCUGAUGGAUACAGAUAAUGAUCGUUUCUCUUGUGAGGUAUCGUCAUUUAAUGCACUGUCCGGAAAUAGCCAUGCGUGAGAAUCUUUCUCUGUAUGAUGAACUACAAGGAAAAGACAUCUGUGGACGCACUUCUGACUUAAACCCAUGAAGUUACUUCAUUUUGAGGAGAAUGUCAUAUGGAAAUCACCAAAUACUUUGCAACUCUAUAUCAUCUGACUCAGAACUGACUAUCAAUAUAGGAAAACUUCCACGAGAAAAUGAAGAAAGGAGACGACACAGAAGCAAAGAGAAACGUGGCGCUUCACAUUUUAAACUGCAGACUGACUUCAUUUGCACGGGCGGGGAGGAGGGUGAUACCGGAUUUGGUGCUCAGUUAUUGGAAACUGGCAGCAUUUGCUGUUAUAUACCAGCCGGGAUGGUUCAUCCUGAAAUGUUUACCAGGGAGAGCUUGGAUUUAUUUGUAAAUGAAGGGGAUGCUGCUUGGUUGCUGUGUGUGGUCAGGCUGACGGUGAGGGUUGUUACUGUAUGCUGUGGGGCUGAGCCAGGAUUUGAUUGGCCGGCUCAGUGCUCGCUUUGCCUGACUUCCUGCUUUGGCCAGCUUCCGGCUCAACUCCACAGCUCUCCUGUUGGAACCCACUGUCUGCUAAAGCAGUGAAGGAAGAGAGCAGAGAGUAGCUCCUCGGACUCCAGGAGAAGGUAGAGAACUCCAGGCAACACUUGGGCCAAGGAUGUAAAAGUGACUUAUCUUUUUUUCUUUCAGUUAAACCCAGAGUGUCUUUUUAUUAUUAUUUUUAUUUUUUUUACCUUUUGCUCACUAAGCCAGAUUUAGUUUUAGUUACAACUUACUCUCACCUUUUCACCUCAAACACCCACACAAUAUUGAGGCUUUGUGUAAGGUUCCUACAUUACUGACAUUGCUCUGGAGGCUGGUGAUAGGUGUUUUUGACAGCCAGACCCCCCAGCAGCUGGCUUAGGUCCCUUUCAAGAGAAGCCAGAAAAAGCUCCGCUUUGUCCCUCUCGCAGUGUUGGCAGCCCUAUUGACAGUUUUCUGUGCAGCUCGUGAAACUUUAGAAAGAAUAUGCUUUAAUGGAAGCAUCUGAUUUUGCAUUUGCCCAUGCAGGGUCCUUGUUCCCACUGGGCAGGGUUAGGGCCAAAAAUUUGAGACUGUUGAUCUGAUAAUUUAACAUGCAAAUGAUGUCUUGUGACCUUCUAUAAUGAAACAUACAGACUUAAAAUUCACUGGUGACUAAAUGUGAAGGAAAGAGGUGGAUUUGAAGAGACCAGAGCUUAACCAAAGAUACGGAAAUGCAGCAUGCUGCCCUUUCAGCUCCAGAAACACCUUCCCCAGUGGUGUCAGGACCAGGUCGUCGCUGAGACCGUCAGUGCAGUCGUUGCACUCUGCUUUCUCUUGAAGAAGGUCGUGAUAGAGCCAAGGUUUUUACAGUCAGAUUAAUGAUAACAGUGCGCAUUUAAAACAGAAUCUGAGUGAUUUCUUAAAUCUCUCGGAAUCUAUUUCCAUUUCCCAGGCUCCGACAGAGGCCAUGGAACUAUGCUAAACCAAUAAAACCUUAUCAGCUCCUUACAUUCUGAUUUAGAGCCACUGCACUUUCAAGUACACACUGAAGUGCAGCGGCAAAGGUUGUCUUUUGAUCUUUUUUCUUCUUCGUGCAGUCAUCACUGAUGCCAUUUCUGUCAUUUUAGUGGUGAUUUUAUGAUACUUCUAAUACAUAAAUGAACGGGUAUUGGUGCCUCUUGAUUUUUAAAAUUUUGAAGAGACGAGCCACCUCAUAUUCAUAGGGUGUAUGAGUAUCUUGUGAGUGUAUGAGCAUUUGAUUGAACCUAAGAAAGUGAUGAAGCAAAUCUUAACUGAUUUUUCUGUAGCAGCUGAUGUAUACGGACACACUAAAACCCACGUCUCAUUAUGUGGGGAAUGAAGAUCCUUUUUUUUUUCUCUCCAAGUAGUCCCACAGGUUAUGCAGUUUAAGUUCAGUAUAUUGUAUGCUGUGAGUUAUUUUCCACCUCUGUGAUUUCACCCUCUGGGACAGUAGAUUUUGCAAAAACCAAGAACUCUUGGUUUAUCUCCACAAGACAAGCUGCUGGUAGACAUUAACCCUCCGGUUUUCCAGCUCAAUCUCUGAUUAAGUGGAUUGACUGGCUGGCCAGUCUGCUUAGUCAGCUGACUCAGGUUAAUUUCAGGGAAGGCAUGGAGGCAUGUUUGGUUAACUUCAUCGCUAGGCUGUGUAAGGUGAAGACACAAACCAAAUACCUAUCAUUACUUAUCUCUACUUGCAUCAUCUUUGGGAACACUAGAAUGCUGUGGUCUUGAGGAAAUGUUGGCAAAGAACAUGCAGAAGAUUUGGUGCUUUGUAAGGCCGUCCAGCGAUGGCAGAUGUUUUGUGGCACAGUGGUGUUUACCAUAAACAGAUACAGACUUCACAAACUGUGCUUAUUGAAGGAGAAUUGAAUAGAUACCAAAAAUAGACUGACAAAUGUAUUUUAAUUGCAGAUGAGGCAGUUAGUUUUAGGGCAGGUUUUUCUGCUACUGAUUUUACUUCAAGACGUAGGGAGAGAAAAUGGUGUAGUUCUCAAGACAUUUCCCUCUACAGUUUUAAACUGUAGUGAGCAUAUGCUUCAUUUACUUCCAAAGAGGCAGAAACAGCUGGAAUUGGCUUACAGCACAUGCUUUGUUUGAUAUUAUGGGUGAUGACCUACACUCUUAUUUUAGCAGUCACUUAAUGUUCUCCAGCAAGGCAGAUGUGGGGUUCACUAGGACUUAGUGCCUGAUGUUUUUCUUUUGGGAAGGGGUGGGAGUGAAUGUAUCGGGGAUGGGAGGGUAGCAGGAGAGGAAACGGAAGAAUGAGUGUGCAUGUGUCUGAAAUUCACCAUUUGCCCCCACCUGUGUCUCGCUGAACAGGUAUUUAAUGUAUUUGGCUCCUGGCUGCAGUGUGCAUGUAUUUUUUUCCCCAUCUCCAUGUUUUCUAAACCUACACUUAAAAGGAUUCAUCGGAUCAUCUUUUUCAGAUGGCUCAGGAUUGCAUUUCUUUUGCUUACCCUGUGCUCUUGGGUUCUAUAGUAUUUCUAUAAUUAUGUAACAAUAGUGUUGCACUGUAAUCUAUCAUAUAGAGCUAUAUGUAUGGAAAAUCUUGAUCAGUUUUUUUUUUUAAGAAAUGUAUUCUGUUUGCAAAGGCACAAUAAAGUUGCAUCUAAUAGACUACAGGCAAUAAAGCUAACAAUAAACCUUAUUUAACACAAACCAUAUUCACAUUCUCUGUUCAUUUGAUCUUGAGAAAAAGUCGAGCGUAUCUGGUAGUUUCAGGGAUCUCAUUUUAACUUAAAAGGUUCUGAUAUAUUUAAUUUAUAAAAUUCAGACAUAUAAUAGAGUUUUGGGAAAAUAUAAGAAAUGCUUUGUUAAUGUGUGUAUUCCUAUGUAAAACACAUGGCUUCUCCUGUGUAUAUUUUUCAAAAUUAAAGAAAUGCACAUUUGAAAAGU